AUGGCUUGUCUCUGCAGAAGAUAUUCAUUGUUAGUAUUACUGCAGAUAUUAUAUAUUUAUUCUCCGGGAAAUUAUGCAUGUACAAAUGAAGCAAACAAAGACAAUGAGACUUUUCCUACCAAUAAGAAGCCAUUUCCUUGGACCAGUCUGAAGCUUCCACGUGUGAUUGUUCCACUCCACUAUGACCUCUGUAUUCACCCUGAUCUUUCCUCUUUACAUUUUACUGGGCAGGAGACAAUAGAGAUUUUUGUCAGAACAAACACUAGCUUUAUCAUCUUGCACAGCAAAGAUCUUGAAAUCACCAGCUCUGUUCUUCUGUCCAAAGAUGACAUGUGGUCCAGUACACCAGGAAAGAAACUUCAAGUUUUAGAACAUCCUGCACAUGAACAAAUUGCCCUGCAGUCUCCUGAAGAAUUAGGUGUUGGCCAAGUCUACCUGGUUACGAUUGAGUUUCAUGGAAAGUUGGCAGAUGGCUUUGAUGGGUUUUACAAGAGUUGGUACAAAACUCAUGGUGGGGAAACAAGAAUAAUUGCGACUACACAUUUUGAACCUACCUCAGCAUGAAUGGCUUUUCCAUGCUUUGAUGAACCAUCUUUCAAAGCCAACUUUUCCAUCAAGAUAAGGAGAGAAAAACAGCACAUUGCAUUGUCCAACAUGCCCAAGACUAAAACAACUGAACUUGGAGGAGGCCUUUUGGAAGAUCAUUUUGAUGUGACUGUGAAAAUGAGCAAUUACCUCGUGGCAUAUGUCGUUUGUGACUUUAAGUAUUCGGAGGCCACAACUUCAUCAGGGAUCAAGGUUUCUGUUUAUGCAUCACCGGACAAAUGGGACCAGAUCCGUUAUGCCUUAGAUGCAGCAGUGAAACUACUGGAAUUUUAUGAGAAGCAUUUUGAUAUUAGCUUUCCUUUACCAAAACUCGAUCUUAUUGCUGUUCCUGAUUUCCAGUCAGGAGCUAUGGAAAACUGGGGUCUCAUCACAUACAGGGAGACUCUCUACAAUCCCAAGACCUCGUCAGCAGCUGACAAACUGUGGGUCACCAAAGUGAUAGCCCAUGAAUUAGCACAUCAGUGGUUUGGUAACUUGGUUACCAUGGAACGGUGGAAUGACAUUUGGCUAAAUGAAGGUUUUGCCCGGUUCAUGGAGUUGAUUUCUCUUAAUGCGACCUACCCAGAACUGCAGUAUGAGGACUACUUUAUGAAUGUAUAUUUUGGUGCAAUUGCAAGGGAUUCAUUAAAUUCUUCUCGUCCGAUCUCCAACCCAGCAGAAACCCCCAUUCAGAUAAAUGAAAUGUUUGAUACUGUGUCCUAUGAUAAGGGAGCUUGUAUUUUGAAGAUGCUCCAGGAUUUCCUAUCUGAGCAGGUUUUCCAGAAAGGAGUAAUUCAGUAUUUGAAGAAGUACAGCUAUAGGAACGCAAAGACUGAUGACUUGUGGAACAGCCUGGCAAAUAUUUGUCCUGAAGGUGAUUUAUCUUCCGGAAGUUUUUGCUUUGCUACUUCCAGACCCGUUAGCAGUGCAUUCAGUCAUGAUGGAAGUCUUACAGAGAUCAAAGAAAUGAUGAACACUUGGACACAUCAGAAAGGAAUGCCACUAGUUCUUGUAAAAUGUGAAGGAAACACCAUUCAAUUGCGACAGGAGCGUUUCCUGAAGGGUGUCAUUGAAGAAGAUCUUGAAUGGGCUAAUCUGCAGUCAAGGUAUUUUUGGCAUAUCCCACUUACCUACAUCACUAGCAGCUCCAACACUGUUCACAGACAUGUAUUAAAAACUAAAACAGACUCAUUGAAACUCAAGGAAGGUGUUGCCUGGGUGAAAUUCAAUGUAGAUAUGAAUAGCUAUUAUAUCGUUCACUACGAGGGGAAUGGAUGAGACAACAUCAUUACAUUGCUGGAUCAGAACCACACACUCUUCAGUCCCAAGGACCGAGUGAACUUGAUCCACAAUGCAUUUGAACUGGUCAGUGUGGGAAGGCUCUCAUUAGACAGAGCCCUUGAUCUGACUCGGUAUCUCCAACAUGAAACCAAUAACAUAUCACUUCUGAAAGGCUUGGGCUACCUGGAAUCAAUCUACCAUGUGAUGGAGAGAAGAAAUAUUUCCAGUGUCUCAGAACACCUUAAGAAGUAUAUCCUGCGGUAUUUUAAGCCGGUGAUUGACAGGCAAACCUGGAGUGAUGAGGGCUCUAUUUCUGACAGACUGCUUCGUUCUGAUCUCCUGCAACUCGCCUGUGAUCUGCGCUAUUCUCCCUGUAUCCAGAAGGCGCAUGAGCUUUUCAGCAAGUGGAUGGGAUCUGGUGGAAAUUUAGACCUUCCAACAGAUCUUUUAAAGACAGUCUACUCAGUUGGAGCACAAACAGGAGCAGGAUGGAAUUAUCUACUGAAGCAGUAUAGUCUAUCUGUUUUGGAUGCAGAAAAGAACAAAAUCCUCUAUGCUUUGACCACAAGCAGGCAUCAUGAAAAACUGGCAAAGCUAAUUACACUAGGCAUGGAAGGUGAAAUUAUCAAGACUCAGAAUCUGGCAAUUCUUCUUCAUGCUAUAGGCAGGAACCCGGAGGGACAGAGGCUUGCCUGGAAUUUUGUCAGAGAAAACUGGAAAAAGCUUCUUGAAAAGUUUGAAUUAGCUUCUUUCUCCAUUCGAACUAUCAUCUCUGGCACUACAUCCCACUUUUCAUCCAGAGACGAACUAGAAGAGGUGGAGAUCUUCUUUAAAUCUCUAAAUAACCAAGGAUCACAGCUAAAAAUCACUCGAGUUGUGCUGGAAACCAUAACAAAGAAUAUUAGAUGGCUGGAGAAGAAUCUCAGCAGUUUAAGAAACUGGCUUCUCAAUAAUCUUUAGGGUUAACAUAAAUAUGAGAUGAUGAGUACAUGUCUAGUUUACUAGCACCCUCCAAGCUAAAGGGGAUUUCAGUUUGGAUUAAAUGUUUCUUUUCCCUCCCACUGGUGAGUUGCAUUUGAAUGCAGUAUGAAUUUGAAUAGAUAUAUUUGGUGCUCAUUCUAUUGUGCUAUAUAGAUAGCAAAGUUGACAAAAUGAAAUGUCUGUGCUACAAAACCAGAA